AUGGCUGUUUCCAGUGCUUCAUUCAGGGUGGCUGUCUUCAUUAACCUUAUUAUUGCAGCCCUUAUGACAGUGGCUUGUUCACAACCCACUGCUCCUGCUCCUGCCCCCACAAGCGAUGGCACCGCAAUUGACCAAGCGAUUGCAUAUUUCCUAAUGCUUGUGGCUUUGGUGUUGACCUAUCUCAUUCAUUGA